UCAUACCUAGUUGAGCUGUGGAUUAAUUAUUCUUUACAAAAUGAUGAAAUUUCAAAAAUAGCUAUGAUUUGAAGCAUAAUUCUCAUUAAUAGCUAUAAUUUGCUUAUUUACCAUUUCUAACUAGAUUGUUUUGAUUCAGUUGUCUAAAUUGACAGAGUAGUUUAUAUAUGUCACUGUAUGACAAGGUGGUGGUUCCACUAAAAUGAAGAACCUCCACAAGUUCAGGGGACUCCAUUACAGGUACCUAUGUAAUAUCACCUAUGCCCACUCAUGGCACAAUCUUCCGCACCUCUCUCUCCUAGCCGAUCAGUGCACUUCACUGCACCAACUCAAGCAAAUUCAUGCCCAAAUGAUCAUCCGGACCCGUAUCCACGACAAUUAUGCCGCCAGCCGCUUACUGUCCUUCUGUGCUCUCUCAGAAUCAGGCAGCCUUUCUUAUGCCUCAAGACUUUUUGAUAAUGUUAAGGAACCCAAUUCAUUCAUGUGGAAUACUCUUAUUAGAGCUCAAGCUGGUGGCUCAAAUCCUCGACAAGCUUUGCUUCUUUAUGUAAAGAUGAGAAGGCUUUGCGUUACUCCUGGUAAACAUACAUUCCCUUUUGUACUCAAAGCAUGUUCCAAAGUGAUGUGUGUUGACGUUAGCAGACAAGUGCAUUGUCAUGCUAUUAAGUUUGGGUUAGAUUCAGAUUUGCAUGUUGUUCAUGGUUUGAUCAGGGCUUAUUCAGUUUGUCGUGGAUUAAAGGAUGCGCGUCAAGUGUUUGAUGGAGUUCCUGAGAGAAAUUUGAGUAUUUGGACGACGAUGAUCUGCGGGUUUGCUCAGAAUGAUAGGUAUGGUGAGGCUAUUCAGUUGUUUGAGCGUAUGCUUGCGGAUGGUAUGGCGCCUAACGGAGCCACCUUGGCUUCUGUAUUGUCAGCCUGUGCACAGUCGGGUAGUUUGCAGUUAGGAGAACAGAUUCACACGUAUAUGGAAGAAAACGGGAUAGAAUUGGGAGUGAUUCUUGGAACGGCAUUGGUAAACAUGUAUGCAAAGAAUGGUGCCAUAGUAGAAGCAAAGAAGUGUUUUAGUGGCAUGAGAGAAAGGAAUACUGCAACUUGGAAUGCAAUGAUUUGCGGGUUAGCUGCCCAUGGACAUGCAAAAGAAGCAAUUAACUUCUUCAAGGAACUGGAACAAGAAAAAGUGAAGCCAAAUGACAUUACAUUAGUUGGGGUUCUAUCAGCGUGCUGUCAUGCUGGAUUGUUCGACUAUGGUGAAGGAAUAUUUCACUCCAUGAACAAGUUGUAUGGUAUAGAGCCCAAGAUUGAGCAUUACGGAUGCAUGGUUGACAUUCUUGGGCGUAAUGGGAAACUGCUGGAAGCUGAGCAGCUCAUAAGAGGAAUGAUUUGGGAGGCUGAUGUGGUUAUCUGGGGAUCCUUAUUACAUGCAUGUCAGAACCAUGGAAACAUAGAUAUUGCAGAAAGAGUUGUGAAAGAAAUUCUGCUUUUGAAUCCUAACAGUCAUGGAGUUUAUGUUGUCUUAUCUAAUAUGUAUGCAGAAGCUGAAAGAUGGGACGAUGUAGUAAAACUAAGGAAUCAAAUGAAGGAAGGAAGCUUAAAGAAAAUGCCCGGUUGGAGCCUUGUAAAUGCUGCUACGUGAUUUUGCUUGUUAUUUGUAAAGUCUUUUCCAUCAAUCAACGUCACGAGGAAGAUUCUGGAUUGUUUUUGUGAUCACUGGCUCUUAACUAUAUAUUUGAAGGAGAUCACACUUCCAAAUUUCACUACUACUGCAUUUCGGAACCUGAAUGCCCUCACAUUUGUGAGAAAUGAACCAUCAGACAAGUUUCUUUAGGUUGACAGGUGAUUUGGAUAAAGGUGAAUGUCAAAGCAAGUCUUGCCCGAUACAUGAACCUCCGUUUGCUUUUCUCAAUCUUUGAUGAAUGGGCUUGCUGGAAGUACCAAAGGUGACAUGACAGCACCAGCACUCUCCCUUUUCAGAGUCCUCAUGCAGUGUUACCUCUCCCAGGAAUACUUUGAAUUCUCCAAGAUUUGUCUCUAAUCAACAACAACAUAACCAGCGGAGUCUUGGAAGGGUAGAGCGGCAAGAUUCUGCCUGAAAUCCUGGAGGGAAAUUCAUAUUAGGGAUGUUCAAGGUGGUCCCCUUUUGAUCCAAAUGGACCUAUUCUUUCCUUUUCAAAUCCUUUUUCCAAAAGUGCUGCAUGGAGAGUGAGAAACACUACUGUCAAUUGUUUUGCUUUUCUUUGUUUGAGAUCAGAUGACCAUAUUCUUUCAAUGCUAACUGCUACUUGAGUACAAGGGAUUGACAGGCAUGUGAAAGAGGAUUUUUAGAAGACCAGGCGAAUAGAGUCACCCCAACAGCUUUAAUUUCUCUUACUGGUUGAAAGGGAACAUACCUUGGGUGGGAAUUUCAAGGUGCCCUCCAACGUUCUGCUCCUGGAUACGAGCAUCAUUGCAGGGCCGUACUCGAUCGUUGCUGUGUCAAGGAACCAAGAUAAUAAAAAUUUAAGUGGCGUGGCAGCAUAGAACUGCUUAAUUUUACUCAGCUCCCUGGGUCUUCAGAUUGUUCAGCUCUUUUUUCUAUCUCACGGUGGAGUUAAAAUACUCUUGAACCUAGGUCUCAUGAGAAUCUGGGAACUCUCUAAAGAUUCCAGAUACCACAACUCAGACCUGUAAUUGACCAACUCUUUCCAAAAGCACACCAGAAUUCGUUGUUAGGAACCACAAAUGACGUGUGAAACAAAGCUGAUUAUGAGGGUUCAGUUGCAGUGGUUCUGCUCAACAUGCUGAUUAUGAGGGUUCAGUUGCAGUGGUUCUGCUCAACUCAACAUAUCGCAGCAAUCGGACCAGGCUAACAAAAUGGUUAUUCAAUGACAGCAGAAAGGCAGGAUGUUCACAACAUGUAGCUUCCAAAUCCAGGCAAUAAGGAUGCUGUCUUUUUUCAACAUCAGAUAAAUGAUGUUGCUUAGCACUUGUGAUGGGAAUAAGUAAUGACCUGACAUAUCUGUGUCGCUCCAACUCAAUGUCUUGUAACAUCGUUAUGUGCAUGUAUGUCUUGCUGACUAGCUCCAUGCAUGAAUCGGGACAAUCACUGAUAUAUUGUAUUUCAUUCAAGAAGCCUAGCCUUCUGACAUUCUGCAUUGCAAUCGCAUGUUUUGGUUGAGUGCUGACAUUCUAUUAAUGCAGGUGAACAAAUCACUGACAAUUGUAUUUCA